UAAGAGCUACUACUUGUAUGUCGCGUGUGGAUGCGUUAUUAAGCCACCCAGGCACCCACCCUUCCCUUCCCAAAGUUCAUCCAACAAAACACUAAUUCAUAGAUGGGGUGCCUGCCGUACUACAAUUUCUCGCAGGGGCAUUCAUCGGGAGUGUAUUUGUAUAAAUUUUAGUUCGUCGUAAAGUGCGGGAGUGAGAGAAUGAUACGGGUUGCGUGUUGGGAGGUUGUUUAGACUAUGUUCGUGAGCCAAAUCCUUCCUGAAAAUAAGGAGAGUUAACCGAUACCAUACCGGGAAAUAUUAUUUUGGAGUAAUCACGAGCACGAGGAUUCUUUGUAAAAUCAGCGAUGGCUGGUUCAGCAACACAACCCACGGAAAAUAGCAUGACGGUCGACGGAAAGUUCGAGAUCGACGAAGAAGGAGGCCACAAAAAGUCGAGCGGGUACUACUGCACGACUGGCCAACUUGUCUUCCUCGCCAUCAUCGGCGCUGGCCUGGUCGCCGGUGUCGGAUGCAUGUCCUACUACCUGCCCGACCGCGCCUGCGAGCUACCGCCCACAGAACCGGGGAGGAUAACGGAGCCGCAGGUACAGCCCACGGAACCGGGCGUGACGGAGAAGCCUGUGACGGAACCACCAGUGACGGAGCCGAGCGUCAAGACGCAUAUGAUGUCACCUACGCCGACCGCCGGGGAGUGGGACGGCCGUCUUCCGCGUGACGUCAUACCAGAAAACUACCAACUAUACCUCAAACCCUACCUGUAUGAAGAGGACCUUCGGCCAAAUACGGACGACCGGGUAUUCACUUUUGACGGCAAAGUCAAGAUCGUGAUGGAUUGUAAAAUGGAGACCGACGUCAUCACCCUCCACAUCAACAACAUCACCAUCCGAUCAAACACACUCGAGUCCAAGGACGGCGAAAUGAUCGAAAUCACAGACGUUACCUACACACCGGAGUACGAAUUCGUCCAUUUCCACGUCGGUAAGAUGCUGGAGGCGGGAACGGGCUACGUGCUGGAGAUCGAGUACCUUGGUGAACUGUGGGACGGCCUCGCAGGAUUCUACCGCAGUAGUUACCAGGAAGGAGGCGUGACCAGAUGGCUCGCCACCAGCCAGAUGCAGCCCACCGACGCGCGCCGCGCCCUGCCGUGCUUCGACGAGCCCGACCUCCGGGCCAUCUUCUACACGGAGAUCGAGCACCGCGAUGACAUGGUCGCCCUCUCCAAUGGUAUCGAGGAAGGCGAGAGGACGGGCAACAACGCUGGAUGGAUGAUCACCACCUAUAGGGCAACGCCCAAGAUGUCGACAUACCUCCUUGCUUUCGUCGUCGGCUACUUCGACAAAACGGAAAUGUACACCGAAAAUGGCGUUCGUUUCCGAGUAUGGUCAAGACCAGAGGCAGUGGAAUCGACCAGAUAUGCUUUGGAUAUCGGAGCUAAUAUCACCACAUAUUUUGAAGAAUAUUUCGACACACCUUUCCCUCUUUCAAAGCAAGAUAUGAUUGCCGUGCCUGACUUUUCAGCAGGAGCUAUGGAGAACUGGGGUCUCAUCAUAUACCGUGAAACCGCUCUUCUCUACGAUAGCAGGGUCAACUCUGCUAGCAACAAGCAACGUGUUGCCGUUGUGGUAUCCCACGAACUCGCGCAUCAGUGGUUUGGUAAUCUUGUCACACCAGUAUGGUGGGACGAUCUUUGGCUCAACGAAGGAUUCGCAAGCUACGUCGAAUACCUCGGCGUCGACUACACCGAACCGGAUUGGGGAAUGAGGGAACAAUUCGUUGUUGAAGAUCUACAGAGUGUGUUCGAGCCUGAUUCCCUGGGUACGUCACAUCCGGUCCGAGUGCCUGUCAAUUCCCCGGAUGAAAUAAACGAGAUCUUUGAUUCUAUUUCAUACAGCAAGGGAGCUUCGAUUAUCCGUAUGUUGAACAAUUUCCUUGGUGAAGAGGUGUUUGUUGAGGGUAUGAGCUACUUCCUGAACAGCCACAAGGAGGGUAAUGCUGACUCUGACGAUCUUUGGUUUGCUCUCAAAGAGGCAGAUGAUGGCAAGGGUAACAAUGACGUCAAGGCCAUUAUGGACACGUGGACCUUGCAGAUGGGUUAUCCGGUGGUCGAUCUCCACCGCUACGGCGAUAACCAACUCAAUGCUUCUCAGGAACAUUUCCUCGUCAACCCCGAGGCCGGAGUCGAUGACAAAUAUGGCGACCUUGGAUACUUGUGGUAUGUAUACCUCACCUACACACAAGCGACAAACCCUGAUUUCACCACUCCUCAUUCUAUGUGGAUCGAGAAAGAACCAUGGGCGCUCGUCAACCUCUCUUCCAGCAUGGGAGCGGAUGAUUGGUACUUGGCUAACAUCCAGCAAUUCGGUUUCUUCCGAGUGAAUUAUGAUGAUGAAAACUGGGCCCGUCUUAGCCAACAGUUGGUACAGCAACAUGAGGUGUUCCCGAACGAGAACCGUGCCCAGCUCAUCAAUGAUGCCUUCAGUUUGGCUAGAGUGGGGCGUGUGGACUACCCCAUUGCUCUUAAUCUUACCCUCUACAUGGACAAAGAAAAUGAUUAUAUUCCAUGGGAAGCAGCUCUCGGGGUUAUCUCCUACAUCACAGAUAUGUUCAGCAGGUACUCCGGUUAUGGACCACUAGAGAGAUACAUGCGAAAACAAAUUGAUACAUUGUACAACAAUCUAGGAUGGAUGGAUGACCCAGUAAAUGACGCACAUCUUACGCAAUAUAACCGAAUCAACGCCAUAGGAACGUCAUGUCGGUAUCGCAACCAGGAUUGUCUAGACCAGGCCUCUGAUCUCUACCACGAGUACAUGGAAAUGGAUGUUAAUAACACUGCAAACCUCCCUGAUUAUGAUAUCAAUCCCAUCACUCCUAACCUGAAGACGACGGUCUACUGCUACGGAAUACAAGAGGGUGGACAGGAAGAAUGGGACUUUGGCUGGAAGAAGUUCGGCGAUACCAACGAUGCAGCUGAACAAACUAAGUGGCUUUAUGCUCUGUCAUGUUCACAAUCACCGUGGAUUCUAAGCAGAUAUUUGGAUUAUUCUCUUGAUCAAACAUAUCUCCGAAAGCAAGAUUCAUCCUACGUCAUCAGAUACGUGUCACAGAACUAUAUAGGCCGUUCACUCGCAUGGGACUUCCUUCGAAACGAAUGGGACACAGUUUAUGACUAUUACGGCGGAAGUUCGUUUUCGUUCAGUAACAUACUGUCUACCGUGACAGCAGACUUCAACACCGAGCUUGAGUUACAAGAGCUCAAGGAUUUCGGCGCAGACGGCAAGAACUUCGGAUCUGCGCAGAGGACGUACGAACAGGCAAUCGAGAAGACAGAAGCGAACAUCGUCUGGAUGAGCACCAAUGCCAUGGCAGUAGCAGAAUGGUUCGAGGGAGCGGCGCCCAUGAUCGGGGCAUAAGGAAGGACCACACCCAGAUACCCCUCUCCAACCAGGGCGUAAACCUUCAGCGUCACCACGACAACCACUUCUACUACCAUCAUCAUCACCGCCACCACCAUCACCAUCACCAUCUCUUCUCUCCCACUCUGUUCUAGAGGAACGCGAUUGUAAAAACUUUCAAGAAUCAGAUAGUUCCAAUAGCUUUGUGGCAUCACCUAUUGAAAUGUUCGAACAUUGCAUGGCACAUUACGCAUUCUGAACAUGCCUGUUAUCAUGUCUCUAUAUGUAAUACAGUAGGAUAUUGAAAUUGCCCUUAACCUUAAGUUGAUUUCUUGAAAUUCUUUGCGAUCGUAUUUAGGAUUGAAGCUGAUUUGCGUGAUGCUGAUCUAUACACUACAUCACAAACCGUCAUCAUACUCCUGUCAGGCGUCAUUGUUCGAUCAUUAUCUAUGCCAAAGUGGAAGAGAAUGUUGUCCAAUAUUUACACUGUCUCGGUUUAUGAAUUAAACUUUGUUCAAGACCUUUUUCGUUACCCUUACAACGUCUUCUGGUUUGUAGUUUCCCAGAUGUAUUCAAUUGUAACACCGAAGAUCUUUUCGAAAAAGUUCAUUGCUGGUCAUUUUAACGUUUACCCGUUACUUUCUGGCAUAUUCGAAUAUUUUUAACAUGAAAAAUUAGUCUUAUACAUAAUGAUGAAAUUAUUAUUAUUAUUAUUAUGAUAUGAAAUUCAAAUGAAAUAGCCCCCUUAAUGGGCGCUAUGGAAAAUUCUGUACAAAAAUGGAUAUAUUAGGAAAGUUGUAUUUUCAGAUGUAUCAUAAUAAUAAUAAAUACAAUAAUUGUAGAGAUGAUAUUCAUAAUCAUAUGCUGUACAUGCAACUGUUUCUUCAAAAAAAAUAUUAAAAAAAUAAAAAAUGAUCGCAAACGCUGACGAAAAAUGACCUAAGGCAAUUUUAGUAGCUUUCACCUUUUGAAAUGUUCGAACAUCAUUAUGACGUCAUCCGAACAUGAUAUAUAUGGGAUAUUCAAGGGGAGGUGCGCUUGAGUUGAUUUUUCGAAAGUCUUUGUGAUCGUGCUUAACGGUAAGUUUCUUUAAGUUGACACAGCUUAUCGGUUCACCAAGUAUUUGGAUGUAAAUAUUAAGUGUUUACCAGGCAUAUUAUAACCGCACAAUGUACGUUCUCAUUUACCAACAUGUAUAUAUAUAUUAGAGGAAUUUCCUAUCCAUGUCCACGCUGGGCGUGUUUUAGUUAGAUUUUAUCACUAGUUUUAUGCAUUUUAAAACCAACAAGUGAACCCAGUGUGUUUUGUGACAGGUAUACAGUAUACUGUAUUUACAAAUUAAUCAUCACGAAAGACGAUAUGAGAUCGUACGCAUCAGGUAUAUAGUUUGUUCGUGAACGAAUCAAAUCUUACCUCGGAUUUUGUUGGUGUCGACCCUAUACCUAUCCGUAUUUCAUUCGGACUGUUACACUUUCUAUUGGGAUAUUGUCUGUGAUGUUUUGUAAGCUACAGUCUUUUCCUCUUUUCCUCUCCUUUUUUUGAUUUCCUGAAAAUCACAUUCUUGUAACGUUUAAUCUAGUUUAGCUUCUCAUGCAACCUAAAUAAUCCGCUGUAUAUUUUGAAAUAUUUGUUUCGAUUCCAGCUAUACUAAUGUAAACAUUUGUUUUAGUUCAUUUGAAAACGAAUGCCGCCAUUUUAUUUGUACUUGAUGCAGUCUAUGUGAUGUAAUGCAAAAAUGAAACGAAGUACAAUGCACUUUCACAUUAUACCACACAUCGCUGUAAAAACAUGCAUUUUGAUGUCAAAUAUGCAAAUAAUGUCAGUAAGCGCCAAUGUACUUUUAGAGAUGUAAUUCUACUCAGAUUUUUAUUUAGAAAUAGGAGGAUAGUUUCAAAUGCAAUAUACACGUCUAGUACUUGUAUCUACAAUCAUGAUAUAUAUACUCCUGGAAGAUUUGAAUGUAUUUGAUUGUCAUUUAAUUCAUAUUGAACUACCUUGUGUAUUUUUCAAAUCAAUUUAUCUAACUAUUUGGAAGAAAGUAUAUAUCACCAUUGAUUUUGUAGUAAAAUGUGCAUAUUUGAAUAUGUAUGAAGACAUGCCAAUUAGUAUGAUUACGAGGUAUCGAGUAAUAUAUUUAUAAUACAACGAAUUGUGACUGUGUUAUGAACUACAAUUUGAUUUUUAUUGAAUAAAAUAUACUAAGUUGGAUAAUCAGAGAAAAA